GGAGCCGCCCUUGCAGACGGCGCCUAUAAAUUGCGCGCGGCACUGCAAGCGUGCGCACUCUGCAGUCCGCCGAACGGCCAGACACAAGCCCGACCCCGACUACAAGAAGUCAAGAUGUCCAUCACUAAGAUUCACGCCCGCGAGAUCCUCGACUCCCGAGGAAACCCAACUGUUGAGGUUGACCUUUUCACCGGAAAAGGCCGCUUCAGGGCAGCCGUCCCCAGCGGUGCCUCCACUGGCGUCCAUGAGGCCCUGGAGCUCAGAGAUGGCGACAAGAGCCGCUACCUGGGCAAAGGUACCAAGAAGGCUGUCGACUUUGUGAACAAGGACAUCGCUCCUAAACUGAUUGAGGCAAAACUCAGUGUGGUUGAACAGGAGAAAAUUGACAAAUUCAUGUUGGAUUUGGAUGGCACUGAGAACAAAUCUAAGUUUGGUGCCAAUGCCAUCCUGGGUGUGUCCCUGGCCGUGUGCAAGGCCGGCGCUGCAGAGAAGGGGGUCCCUCUCUACCGCCACAUUGCCGACCUCGCCGGCAACAAGCACGUCAUCCUGCCCGUGCCCGCCUUCAACGUGAUCAACGGUGGCUCCCACGCCGGCAACAAGCUGGCCAUGCAGGAGUUCAUGAUCCUGCCCGUGGGCGCCUCCAACUUCCACGAGGCCAUGCGCAUCGGCGCCGAGGUCUACCACAACCUGAAGAACGUCAUCAAGGCCAAGUACGGCAAGGACGCCACCAACGUGGGAGAUGAGGGCGGUUUCGCACCCAACAUCCUGGAGAACAACGAGGCCCUGGAGCUGCUGAAGAGUGCCAUUGAGAAGGCCGGCUACCCCGACAAGAUCAUCAUUGGCAUGGAUGUGGCCGCCUCCGAGUUCUUCAAGAAUGGCAAGUACGACCUGGACUUCAAGUCCCCCGACGACCCCAAACGCCACAUCUCCGGAGAGGCCCUGGGAGACCUCUACAAGAGCUUCAUCAAGGGCUACCCAGUGAUGUCCAUUGAGGACCCCUUCGACCAGGACGACUGGGAGCACUGGGCCAAGUUCACUGGCUCCGUCGACAUCCAGGUGGUGGGUGACGAUCUGACUGUGACCAACCCCAAGCGCAUCCAGCAGGCCGUGGACAAGAAGGCCUGCAACUGCCUGCUGCUCAAGGUCAACCAGAUCGGCUCCGUCACAGAGUCCAUCAAGGCGUGUAAACUGGCCCAGUCUAGCGGCUGGGGUGUGAUGGUCAGCCAUCGCUCUGGAGAGACAGAAGAUACCUUCAUUGCCGACCUGGUGGUUGGACUCUGCACUGGACAGAUCAAGACCGGCGCCCCCUGCAGAUCUGAAAGACUGGCCAAAUACAACCAGCUCAUGAGGAUUGAAGAGGAGCUCGGCGAGCACGCCAAGUUCGCCGGCAAGGACUUCCGUCACCCCAAGUUGUAAACACCUAACCAAAGCAAUACUGCAAAGCACACACACACACACACACACACACACACACACACACACACACACA